AUUUUCUAUAUCUUUUUUCUUUUUGACAAACAUUCUCUAUAUCUUCUUUUAUAUAUGAGUGAGUUUAAUGUAUAUGCAUGUGUUCAUCAAGCCUCAACAAAUUUAUGGGUGUUGUUCGAAUCCUCUCUUCUGAUACAAUCAAGGCAACAAAAUCAAAUAAUCAUACAAUUGAUUUGACUCCAUGGGAUCUUCAGUUUCUAACUGCUUCACCCAACAAAAAGGGUCUUCUUUAUCAUCAUCAUCAUCAUCAUCAUCAUCAGAUAGUAGCAAACCAAAUCCAACGGCUAAGACACUCUUUAUCAUCUUCUCUUUCCUUUUUUCAACCUUUAGCAGGUUGUCUUGAAAUAACGGAACACGAAGAUAGUGUUGCUUCGUGUUCCAUAAAGUGCAACAAUGCAGGUGUACUCUUUAUCCAUGCAGCAGCAGAAAAUACUUCUGUUGCUGACAUUCUUAGACCUACUUAUGUUCCUUCGAUUGUCAAUUCAUUUUUUGCUUUUAACGGAGUUAGAAACUACGAAGGCACGUCACAACCAUUGUUGGCAGUGCAAGUCACAGAGCUAGUUGACGGCAUCUUCAUUGGUUGUACAUUCAACCAUGUGGCAGUUGACGGAAAUUCCAUGUGGCAUUUUAUCAAUUCAUGGGCCAAAAUCUCACGCGGUUCUUGUGAUCAAAUAUCCAAACCUCCAAUACUUGAGCAUUGGUUUCCAAAUGGCAUUCAACGUCCCAUACAAUUUCCUUUCACUAUGGAGCCACAAAAUAAUUCCUCUGAUACGCUGAGUCUUUCAUCAUCUGAUGAAGAAGAACUCUGUAUAUCAGAGAGGUUAUUCCAUUUCAAAAAGGAGAAAAUCGUGCAACUAAGAUCGAAAGUCAAUGCAGAGAUUGGUAGUAGUACCAAUAAAAUAUCUUCUCUACAAGCGCUUUUAACUCACCUUUGGUGUUCUGUGAUCCGUUCCAAACAACUUAACCCACAAGAAGAAGUCCAUCUUAUGUUCAUGAUAGGAGUUAGACCAAGAUUUGUUCCACCAUUGCUAGAAGAUUAUUUUGGAAAUGCAAUUAUAGGUUGUGGGAUUAAAAUGAAAGUUGGGGAGUUAUUGAAGGAAGGUGGACAAUGUAAAGGUGCUUUGGAGAUGAACAAGUUAAUUGCUACACACUCUAAUGAGAUGUUGAAGAAUCACUAUGAAUCUUGGUUGAAACAUCCAAGUUUCGUUAAGCUUGCCGGCAUGACAAAUAAUAAUUUCUUGGCCAUUGGCCAUUCACCUUGGUUUGAUGUUUAUGGUAAUGAUUUUGGAUGGGGAAAGCCAGUUGCAGUUCAUAAUGGAAAUAAAAUAAAUGGAUUAGUUAAUGUGUUUGCUGGAAUAGAAGAAGGUAGUAUUGAUCUUAGAGUGUGUCUUCCGUAUAAGAAUUUGGAAACAAUGGGAAAUGACCCUCAAUUUAUGGCUAUUGUUUCCAACUAAUGUAGUAUCAAAGUUUGUAAUGUAUGUUUUGUACCAUAUCGGUUCAAUCUGUAUUUUGUGUAAAAACCUAUGAAUCUUGGUUUUGUUUUCUCUUUAACUAUGGUAAGAAGGUUU